CAUGUAUAUAUAUUCUACCCUCGUUUAUAGUAGCACUUACGUGUUUCCAUCAAGGUGCCUUUCUCACUCCUAGCAAAGCGACCAUAUACCCAAAGACACCUGGACGGAGAACAUUUCCCAAAUAGGCAAUUUUCCAAAAAGGCAAUCCUCACGACCACUACAACAACCGUUGCAAGAAUACAACAUUCGUAAAUCAACCACUGCAAAGAGCUGAUCGGCUACCUUGAAAUCAGUCAUGGCUCCUCAACCUUCCCUCCCCAAAACAAUGAAGGCAGUCCAAGUCACCGCCUACAACAAACCCUACACCCUCAACACCGUGCCCGUCCCCAGCGAUCUGCAGCCCACCGACCUCCUCGUGAAAGUCGCCGUAGCCUCACACUGCCACACGGACGGAAUGGUCCAAGCCGGAACCUUCGGGACGAAACUUCCCGUAACAGCCUCUCACGAAGGCAGCGGAACCGUCGUGGCCAUCGGAUCUGACGUCAAGGAUUUCUCCAUCGGCGACAGAGUCAUGUGUGGUCUACCUCUGCAUCCAUGCGGGAAGUGUCCCGAUUGUACCACCGGACCCGAGAAUCAACGGCAGUAUUGCAUCAAGUUGGAGGGACACGUGGGUGUUCAUGUCGAUGGGUGUUUUGCCGAAUGUGUCCGGGUUGACAGCCGGAGCACGACGCCGAUGCCGGACUCGGUGAGCUUUCUGAGCGCGGCGCCCUUAGCUUGUGCGGGACGGACGGCGUGGAGGAGUGUCUCCCAGGCUGGGCUGGAGGAGGAGGGGCAGUGGAUUGCGUUUGUAGGGAGCGGUGGUGGUUUGGGACAUUUGGGGAUUCAGUUCGCGAAGAAGAGGGGACUUAAGGUCAUCGGGAUUGAUGCGAGGGAUGAAGGGUUGGAGUUGUCGAGGCAUUAUGGUGCGGAUCUUGUGGUCGAUGCGAGGAAGGGCAAGGAGGAGGUUGUCAAGGCCGUACAGGAGGUUACGGGUGGAGAGGGUGCGCAUGCGACGGUUUGUUUGAGUGAUGCGCAAUCUGCGGCGGCGACGGCUUGUGCGGUCACCCGGAUGCACGGGACGAUGGUGCAGGUUGCGCAGCCGGACGAAGUGUCGAUUCCAUUUGCAGAAUUGAUUUUCCGGGACAUUCGUGUCCGUGGGUCGUUGUUGUGUUCCGCGGGUGAGAGUAAGGAGAUGUUGGAGAAAAUUGCGGAGAGUGGAGUGACGGUCAAGACGAAUGUGUUUCAUGGUUUGGACAAGAUCGAGGAGUUGGUGGAAAUGGUGCACGGUGGAAAGAUUUCGGGCAAAGCGGUCAUCGUUGUCGAUCAGGAGCAGCUUGAUCGAGAGAAGGAACUUGGAGCGAAAUAUUGAUCAUGAUGUAUAUGAGUGAAUACAGCAGAUGGUAUUGGAGGGAUGUAAUCGUAAUCGAAGCUGGUGACAUGAGUAUUUGUUGGUACAAGAAGAGAUGGGUUAUUGUCGA